UAAUCAUUGUGUCAUCGGUCAUCGUUCACCGGUGGCACCUCGCGGCCCUGCAACGAAUUGAAUAUUGGUCACCGGUGACCUCUAUGGCAAUUAAUGGUUUAAGUUGAUGAAUAUGCUAUUGUUUUCACGUAAAUAAAUGCACUGCAAUGUUGGAAAAAUUCGUUAUCAUAAAUUUAAUCUCCGGACGGUUCUCUAUUGUCAUCUUUGAGUAUUUUCGUAUUUUAUUUAUUUCUGUUCUGUAAGUGUCGAGAAUUUACUUGCAUUACCAAAUCUAAUGUAAGAAUUGAACAGAGAGAAAUACUGGCAUUAUUUAUUCCACUAUUAAGUCUUGUUAAACUUUAUAAACAAUUUUAAAAUGUUGCCUUCGGAUUACGAAGAAUUAAAGCGAAUUGAUACUAUUUUACUUUGUGGGAUAUGUUACGAAUAUAUGGACACAACUGUGAUUACACCAUGUUCUCAUAAUUAUUGUUCACUUUGUAUACGAAAGUAUUUGCAUUACAAGACACAGUGUCCAACUUGUUUCGAAGAGGUUUUUGAAAAGGAUUUGAGAGUGAACAAAGCACUGGAUGAAAUCAAACAAUAUUUCUUAGUAUUGAAAGAUAAAUUAGCUAAAUGUGUUCAAAGUCUACAAAAUGAUAAAUUAAGUACUAGUCAUUGUGAUUCGUCUAAGUUUAUGGAUCAUGAGAAAAAUUUAGUUAUCGUUAAACAGCCAAAUGUUGGUUAUGAAAAUACUUUCAAUGAUGAAGCACAACGGUGUAUCACAACAAAUGUUGACAAAAUUGUGCAUACGUCACAAGAUUCAGGAACUCCUUUACUCAGUCCAAGUACUAGUAAGGCGGCCAAAGUAUUAUCUUUCUUUACACCAAAAAGUAAGAAAGUUGCAUCUCAAAAUGUUAUCAGCGAUGAGGUGGUAAUAUGUCCAGUUUGUAAGGUUAACGUCUCAGAAAAAAAUAUUAACAGACAUCUAGAUGAUUGUUUGAAAAGAGAAGUAAUAAAAAAUAAGCCAGUCAAAAUUAAACCUAAACGUAAACCAUUACCAAAAUUAGUACUCAGUUUAAUGAAGGAGGCAGAAAUUAAAAAAAAAUUAAGAGAAUUAGGUCUUUCACAUGUUGGCGAUAGAAAAGCUUUGGUGAUGAGACUUCAGAGGUAUACUACUCUCUAUAAUGCGGAAUGUGAUAAGGAAAAUCCUAGAUCCGUUUCUGAAUUACUUAAAUUAUGUGACGAUGAAGAAAAUUUAGAAAAGAAAGCUAACCAAUUAACAUUUGUUAAGUUGCAAGUCAAUAGAAACACAGCUGAUAAUGUUAUUGAAGAGGAGAGGAAAAAGUAUUUAGAGAUGAAUAAAAAUAGUUUUGAGAGUUUGAUUUCGAAAAUCAAAUGUAUGGAAAAUCCAAAAAAACCAUCAGCGAGGCGUUCGAUAUUAAAUGAAAACGUUGCUGUGGAAGCAAGUUCUGCUUAUUCAACAAAUUCUUCAAAUUUGGAUUUGCAGAAUUCAGAUUCAGAUGUUGAGUGUCCAUUACAAAUGUAUUCUAGUGAAAAUCCAAUGAAUUUUUUCAAUUCAGAAUUAUUAUCUUCUAAUGAAGAAGUUAAAGAUAUUAAUAAUGUAAUUGACAAAGUAGAAAAAGAAAAAGAAGAAGACGGAGAGAAAGAAGAAGAAAAAUUAGCACUAGCUAAUACGAGUGCAGGUUUUUUUUAUUCGAAAAUUGAAAAGACAAAUAGCAGUAAUAAUUCUCAUAUUUUUGUAAAUAAAUGUCCAAUAGUAUCUCACGAAGUUCCAUGUUCGAGUAAUACCUCUGCAAAUAUGAAAGAAACAUGUAUAGAAAAAGAUCAAAUGGAAAAAAAUAAAUCAACGACGAAAGAAAUGCAACAAGAGAAUAAUGGUAAUUUGAAAGAAAUGCAAUUGGAAGAUUACACGUCUGAUUUUUCUAGCAACGACAGUAUUAUUUAUAAUUCAGAUUUUGAGACGUUUGAAAAACAAAUUUAUAACAUAAUUAAGGAUAUAGACGUUAAAGAAAGCGUAAUUACAAAAUCUAAACCGGGGAAAGAAAAUAUUAAAAGGUAUAAAAAAAGAAAAUACGAUAACGCGAUUUGCGAAGAAGCGAAUGUCUCAACAAAGAGGAAUAAACCUAAAGUACAGACAAAUUUUCUAAGUGAACAAAAUAUACAAACAUUUAAUGGAGAGCAUUUUGAUGAAGCUAACCAUAUAGAAAAUAAAAGAUCAACGAGGUUACGAAAAGGAAGGGAAGAACAAUUAGCGUCUGGGGCAUGUACGCCGCAAAGAAAAUCUAAAAGAUUAUUAAUUAAUAAUAAUUAUUCUAUAAAUAGUAAUACGACAGAACGAUGAUGUCGUGAAAAUAUUAGUCAAGUAUAUUGCGGCUGUAAUCGACAGAUUUUACAAGAAAGAAUAACGCUUACUAAUCUUUUUUAAUAUUUAUGCACAAAUACAUAUAUAUAUAUAUAAAUAUAUUAUUUAAAGGGGGAGAACAUUAUUGUGUUAAAAUAAUAAUAAAUAUUUAUAUUGUAAUGUUAAUGCUCUAAUUGGAGAAACAAAUAUCAAAAUCAUUAUCAAAGA